GAUAUUCCACAGCUAGGAGAGGAUUACGAGCGCCUUGGUGUGACAAGAUCGUCACAAUCUAAGUGGUGUGCAAUAGAGGUACUCCACCAUGGCGCACCGAUGGGGGUUGGCUUGUGCGGCGGGAUUACUUCUGGCUGCGGUAGGCAAAACGGAUGCCUUUUACUUGCCUGGCAAGGCGCCGAACUCCUUCAGCAACGGAGAGAAGGUGGAGCUGCAGGUGGUGUUGCUGACGUCCACCAAGACUCAGAUCCCGUUCGACUACUACCGCGCGCCCUACUGCCGACCUAGCAAGAUCACCAAGGAGGCAGAGAAUCUCGGGGAGGUGCUCAUGGGGGACAAGAUAUCGUCGUCACCCUAUGUGCUGGAGAUGGCCCAAAACGCCUACUGCUCCGUCCUGUGCCAUCAACAAAUGAGCGAUGGCGACAUGAAACAACUCCGAUCGUUGAUUAGCAACGAUUACAGGGUGCACAUGCAGCUGGAUAACCUCCCAGUCGCCAUCGUCCGCGAUGACAGAGGGCAGACGACGACUCAUGGCUUCCCAGUGGGGUACCAGGAGGGCGAGGACCACUUCCUGUACAACCACUUGACGUUCAUCGUCAAAUACCACGAGGCAGACCACUUCCUGGGGAAGCGCGUGGUCGGGUUUGAGGUGAUACCGUACUCCAUCGCCCACCGUUGGGAAGAAACACACAUUGAGGGUGGUGGCCAGCAGGAACCGCAGAGUGGCGAUGCGGUAGAAGGAAACAGACGGCGAGACCGCAAACUGGGUGAGAAUCUCGAGACUUGUCCAGAGAGGGGCAUGGCGCCUCCCAUUGACAGGCAGUCGGUGGAAGCAGCUGGAGAGGUUAUCUUCACGUACGAUGUUGAGUGGGAACUAGACGCCAAAACCACCUGGUCGCGGAGAUGGGAAAAUUACCUCAAGGGCAACCCUGAGAACGAGAUCCACUACUUUUCUAUCGUGAACUCCCUGAUGAUUACCCUGUUCUUGACUGGAGUGGUGGCCAUGAUCAUGCUCAGGACGCUAAGGAAGGACAUCACUAACUACAACGAGAUGCAAUCCGUUGAGGACGCUCAAGAGGAGAGCGGCUGGAAGCUCGUGCACGGAGACGUUUUCCGCCCGCCGUCCUUCAGCCCCAUGCUGCUGUCCAUCAUGUGCGGUACCGGCAUGCAGGUGUUGGCAAUGACGCUGUCGACCAUCACCUUCGCAUUCUUGGGCUUCCUCAGCCCGGCCAACAGGGGCGGCAUGUUGACGGCGCUGCUGGUGCUCUUCGUGCUGAUGGGGUCCUUCGCCGGCUACUGGUCUGCCACCAUGUACAAGUUCUUCAACGGCAAGAUGUGGAAGCGUUGCACGCUAGCCACGGCUCUACUGUUCCCCUCGAUGAUCUUCGCGAUCUUCGCGGCUCUCGACAUUAUGGUGUGGUCUCGAGGGUCGUCAUCGAAGUUGCCGGUGUCGCUGCUGUUCUUGUGGUUCUUUGUCUGCGCGCCUUUGGUGUUCGUGGGGAGCUACUUUGGUUUCCGUGCGGAGACUUACACCAUUCCCGUCAGGGUCAACCAAAUCGCCAGACAUGUGCCGGGGCAGCUGUGGUACACCAACCCUAUGUUUGCAAUCGCUCUGGGUGGGGUCUUGCCUUUCGGCGCGGUGUGCAUCGAGCUCUUCUUCAUCAUGAGCGCUCUCUGGCUGCACCAGAUCUAUUACGUGUUUGGGUUCCUGUACGUGGUGUUUUUCAUCCUCAUCGCCACUUGUGCGGAAAUCACGAUGGUGAUGUGCUACUUCCAGCUCUGUAAUGAGGAUUACCACUGGUGGUGGCGUGCCUUCUUGUCGGCGGGGUCGAGUGCCGGAUAUCUGUUCAUGUACUCUGUGUGGUACUUCUACUCGAAGCUAGACAUCAGCGGCUUUGUGUCGACCUCGGUCUACUUCGGCUACAUGCUCGUGAUUGCGCUAACCUUCUUCUUGCUGACGGGCAGCAGCGGAUUCUUUGCGUGCUUCUGGUUCGUCCGCAAGAUCUACAGCGCCAUCAAGGUCGACUGAUACAGCAACACUUGGGCAAGCGGGCAACGGUUGUUGCUCGCGGGCCACGACACCGAAAAUGAUGGGGGAGUUGAAAGUACCCCGUAACCAAGUAUUGUAUGGUCGUCAGCACGGAUCGGGCAAUCGUGUUGCCUUGGUGUUUUAUUUCGUUUUGUGUAUGAUGCUCUGGGCACGCAGUACGGCACGCGUGAGCUACAAGUGAAUUUGAUUCGGAAGGUGGAUACAUGUCAAGUCGUACGCCUGUGACUUGCGUAUUCGAUGCCGUUCAUAAUGUAGUAGCCGUCUCUGUAACAGUUGUGGCCCGAUGGAAGAUCCAAGCACUUGGGCUUUGCUGAGUUCGUCGGCGACAAUAAAUAGCUUGCCGGUGUACAAAAGACACCGAUGUAACGGUAAAGUGGGCUGCUGCUGGGUGCCCUGCUCUUGGCUUCUUGGCAGGAGUGUGGCGCACCCUCGGGGCCUCGUGGGUGGAUUGUUUUUUGUUGUUUGCUUUGUAUUGUCAAAAUUAAUGCAAAAAUGCUCUGAUUGAUG